AAUAACGUGGAAGCACACACUAGAUAAACUUACCAAUUUUUUCUCCGCUCGGUCAAUGCUUUAUGGGCUAUUUCUUGAACUGCUCAAUUCCUUUGUUUUCGACUGUGGAGGGUUUGUAGCAUAUCCAGACUAUCAAUUUUCUGUCAAUGGCUUCCACUUCGACAUCUGGUCGAAGAGAAGAGGAACGUGAUCCAUUUUUGGUACUUGAACCUCCCAACAAGAAAAACAAAUCUUCCUUGACUGCAAAACAGUAUGAUGUGUUCAUCAACCAUCGAGGCCCAGACAGUAAAACAGAUCUGGCUUUGCCGCUUUAUAAUUCUCUACAACAAGCUGGGAUCCGGACAUAUGUACAUUGUAGAUGCUCCAGAGACUGAACUGGGAGAUUAUUUUCCUUCUGCCAUAAAGAAUGCCAUAUCCUCUGCCACACUACACAUAGCCAUCUUGUCGCCGCGAUAUGCAGAGUCUGCUUGGUGUUUAGCCGAGCUAUCUUUGAUGUUUCAAACCAGGGCUAGAAUUAUUCCCCUGUUUUACCAUGUCCGGCCUUCAGACUUCCGCUACAUUAAAAAUGAAGUUGCAGAUGCAUUUAGAAAGCACGAAGAGAAGGAGAAGGAGGGCAGAUAUCCUGAUCAUGACAUUCAACAGUGGAAAGAAUGCCUGCAGAACGUUUCAGGAAUCAAGGGCUACGAAAUCAAGGAACAAAAUGAUUAUCUGAAGAAGCUGUGUGAUGAUGUCGUGUCUACCGUGGUUAAGGAAAAGCAAAAGAGAAAAAUUCCUUUCCAAGUUGCAAAAUAUGAGGUGGGACUUGAUGAGCUUGUGAAAGAUUUCUACAGCCAUUGCCAGAGAAAUGGACAGAUGAGAGAUAAAAUAAUUGGCAUCUUUGGAAUGGGAGGGUCUGGCAAGACUACUCUCGCCAAAUAUUUAUUCAAUAGCAAGCAUUCAGAAUUUAGUGGAUCAACUAGUAUGUUUGAUGUGCGGGAAAACCAUGUCAAAGGUAAGUUGACUUCUCUGCAAAGUAAGCUUCUCAAUGAUCUGGGAGGGGAAAUAAAUCAUCAUAAUGAUUUGGAAGGAAAAAGGAAUCAGCAUAAAUUUCGUAGUACAGAAGAUGGAGUUGCUGUUAUCAAGGAUUACCUUAAAAAAAGCUCAGAAUUAAAGUUCCUUGUACUUCUAGACGAUGUUGAUCAUCAGACUCAGUUAGAUGCCCUAUUGCCCAUAGAUGUUCUCAAUCACAACAGUCUGGUGAUUGUCACGACCCGGGAUGAGAGGCUUCUUAUACAGACCGGAGUAAGAGUCCGUUAUAAGAUGAAAGAAAUGAAUCCACAGCAUAGCAGAGAGCUCUUCUGCUGGCAUGCGUUUCAUAAACAAUCUUGUAAAAGUGGAUUUGAUAAUUUGGUAGACAACUUUGUCCAAGUGUGUGGAGGAUUACCACUUGCUCUUCAAGUAAUGGGCGGGCAUGUUUUUGGCAGUGACAAAGCUUAUUGGAAGUUACAAUUAAAUGUUGCUAAGGAGGCAAGAGUACACAAAGACAUAAAACAUAAGCUUAAGAUAAGCUAUGAUGCUCUGGAAGAGGAUGAGAAACAGAUAUUUAUGGAUGUAGCAUGCUUUUUCAUAGGGGAAGAUGUGAACAGGGCCAAAAGUAUAUGGAGGGCUUCAGGGUGGAGAGCUGAACAUGGACUUCAGACUCUCAAGGACAGAUGCCUUGUUGAAGUGGAAACUUGUUUAGAUCAAGACUAUCCGGAUUCGAAAUGCCAUUAUGAGCCAGAAUUUAUUUUGAGAAUGCAUGACCACCUCCGUGACUUAGGGAGAGAAAUGGCAGAUAAUGAAACGAGCCAUCCUCGUCGGCUGUGGCGUCCUGAAGAUCGUAUUGAUGUGAGCGAAGUCGAGGGAAUCCAAGACAUCCAUCCUGACUCCGAAGGAAAAAGUUUCAGAUGUUUCGCGCAUGACCUUAUAGGUGCUGAUGCCCUUGAUAUAACAUAUUUUCUGGGGAGUUCAAAGACAUCAACUUCUUUACAAUGGCUUCAACUUCACUCUAAGCAGGAAGAGUAUUCAUCUAUUCCUGAAUGCAUUCCUCUACAGAAUUUGCACACUUUAAGUCUUCAAAGAGUAUUACCUACGAUAUUGUGGCAAAGGGAUGACCAGGUUUCACUCAAGUUGAAUGGAAUUUGUUGCUGAAAUCUGUAAGAGAACUCACCAAUCUGAAAACUUUAAAGCUGGUAUUAUUUGCUGCUGUAGAAGGGGAAAUUGCUUUAAGCAACAGGGGAGAGACAACUGACGAUCGGUUUUGUAUGAGAAGCCUUGAAGCCAUAUCUCUGUGUAAGGUAGGGAACACAAGAAAGGUCUCAAUUCAUGGAAAGUUCUGUCCCACCUUGAAAUCUCUUAAGCUUUGUUCUAUGACAGAUCUAAGUGAAGUGGAUUUAACAGGGGUAACCACACUGCAAUGUCUUGUGCUGUUCCGCUGUAAAAAGUUGACAAAAGUGUUGAGCAAUUAUGUGCCAGAACUUGAAAUGGUCCACAUAAAAUUAUGCCGGACUAUGACAGAGUUGCCAAAUUUUGGGCAUGUCAGUUGUCUCAAGAGGAUCUAUAUUAGCCGCUGUCGGGAUCUACAGGAUAUAUCAGCAAUUGAAAGAUUGAAGGGAUUGAAGAGGUUCUGGAUUGCUGGAUGUCCAAAGCUGAAGAGUAUAAAAGCUAUUGAACAAUUGAAGGGGUUGAGAAGAAUCUGGAUUCAGGAAUGUCCACAGCUGGAGGGUGUAAUUUGUUUUAAAGAAUUGAAGGAGUUGAAGAGAAUCUUCAUUGGGGGUUGUCCGAAGCUGCAGAAUAUAAGGGGUAUUGAAGAAUUGAAAGGACUGAAGGAGAUGCUGAUUGCAGUCUGUCCUAUACUAAGUGUCGUUGAAAGGUUGCAGAGAUUGCCGUCGGAGCUUACAAUUCUAGCAGGGAGAUGGGCGUCAGAUUGGGAAGGACUUGAAUCCAAAUGGACAUCGCUCAUGUCAGAUUUAAAGAAAUUGGGGACACAUUGUUUCUCUGAAAUAGAUUUCUUUAGUAGGGGACAGGUAGAGGAGAAGAUCCAUUCGUUUCAUAAAACCAAGCAUUCGCUCAGUAGAAUCAUCUUCUGCGCUCUCUUUUCGGAUAAUGUUUUCAUAGGGAGCGAAAUUUUGAUUAGGAGGUGGGUUGAACUAGGUGGUGUAUUUUUCUCUUUUCGUGACGGCGGAUGGACGAUAUGUACGUGCGUGGUUAAUGAAGAAAGGCUCUCAAAAUAUGACUCCUGGAUGCCCCAAAUUGGUGUACCAAAAAAAGGGUUUAUAAUGGGAGUGGAGGCAGGUGAAGAAAGGAAAACCAUUCACAUAUUGCAAACCAUAUUUGCUCAACAAUACGUUAACAAUGGCCAAUAUUGUGACCGCAGUAAAAUCAAUUAUUGGGCUAGCAGACGUGCAAUGGAUUUUGAUGAUUUGGCCGAGUAUGUUGAUGACGAUGAAGAAGAUGAUGGUGGUGAUGAUGAUGAUAAUAAUGUAACUGAGUUCUAGUUGAAAAAUGAGAUUAUGGAUAUCUUAAAAGAAUUAGUAUUUUUAUUUUUAAA